UCUCAAAUAUUUCUGUCAACAAAAAAAUCGCUUGGUUUUCCAGUGAAGAGUUGGUUAUUUUAGUCCAUUUUGGUUCCCCAAAAUGCGCUCGUGUUCAUGAAGAUACCAUAUUAAAAUUUCGCGAACAUUUUGGAGUCAAUUUUUCAAGAAGUGACAAAAAAACUUGGUGUGUUGAAAUCAUAUAAAUACAAUCUUCGUCGAAAGUCAAAAUAUGGCAGACAAAAGUCGAAUAUUGAAAUGGUCGCUGUUCGCUUUUACUGUAGUUUUUUGGACAAUUGGAGGCCUGAUGAUGGGUGUUGGCUUCUAUUCAGUGACACAAAAAAAUGAGUACACAGAGUUUACAAGUACUUCAACUGAUCCUGGUGCUCUAAUUGUUGCCGUUGGGUUUAUUAUAUUCUUUGUCUCUUUUGCUGGAACCAUUGGAGCCCUUCGUGAAAAUACAACUUUACUGAGGAUUUAUGAAGUGUUUAUUAUGAUUGUUGUCAUACUUCAAUUCAUUGGUGGAAUCCUUGGUUUUGCAUUUUGGCCUGAGGUUAAAGAAAGUCUGGAUACACAAAUAAAGAAAAUGAUCACAAAAUAUCCUUAUGAUGUGGACCUCAAGAAUGCUAUAGAUCUUGUGCAAGAGAGGUUGGAAUGUUGUGGAAGUAUGAACUAUAAUGAUUGGGAUCUCAACCGUUACUACCGUUGCUAUGUGAAUCCCCCCAAACCCAUUCAACAUUGCAGCGUGCCUUUCUCAUGUUGUCACAUAAAGGAAAAGCAAAGACUAAACUAUCAAUGUGGUUAUCAGAUGCGAUCUGCAAACGUCCAUAGAUUGAAAGCAAAGGAGACCAUAUACACUCGCGGAUGUUUAAACAUGUUGGAGAAUUACUUUAAAGAUAACCUUGUCCUUGUUGCAGCCGUCGCUAUUGCCUUCCUUGUGCCCGAGGUUGUUGGCAUAGUUCUCACGCACUUGUAUAUCAACGACAUAAAAGAUCGUAUCGAGAAAAUAUAUGAAACCGACAACUUUGGUACCCGGGCCCCAAAACCAGCUGGUCCGUCGCAGGCAACUGGAUAUUUGUAGAUCCACGUGCUUCUACUUGUUGGUGACACAGCGCCUGACUAUACCAGUCAUCUUAGAAACUUCAGUGUGCACUAUUAUAUAAUUUUGUCUUAGCUUUCAUUUUUCUAUUUGAAUUAUAGAUAGAUACAGGCAGUGAAUUGCAGUAUGUUACCCGGUAUAAGAGGAACUUACUGUUGUCUGUAGCUAAGGCUUAUACUUGUUUAAAGCUGAAACCGUACAGCGCAUGAUUUUUGCUUCGUGAAUCUUGAUUAGAUUGCAGUGUUUUUGUCAUUUGGAAUACGGCUUGAAGUAGCCUUGAGCAUGCUUGUUUCAACGUUCUACGAUAUCAAAUAUGUUUGGUGUAAUAUACUUUAAUCGACAUAUGUAACGUGCUUACUCAUAUCGCAAGUGUGUUUACCCGCAUGAUAAAUGUUAUGAUAUGUGCAAUUCUAUAUCGCUACUUUCGUAAUCAAGUGUAAUAUAUUCGUAUUAUCUUUUGUACUUUAUUAUACGAGGAAUAAUU